AUGAGUAUAGCUGCAUAUGCGUAUGAAGCUGACAGAGCUAAACGUUUAUAUUUUGGUCAAUACUCUCUCACACUUACUGACAAAUAUAUUGUUAUCACUGAUGGAAAUACUGAGAAAUACAUAACAUGGAAGGACUAUGAAAAGUUUGACCCUAUUUUAACUCCAUGUACUAUGCCGUUUAUAAAGGACGGUGAAAUUAUUGAAAAAGAUAAUACAACCGUAUAUAGGUCUGUUUAUGAAGCAUUAGAAUAUAUGUUGAAUCAUAACCCAAAAAGAUUUGACCCAAGCACUACACCAUGUGCAAUGCCUUUUAUUAAGGACGGUGAAAUCGUAAGAGUUCCGGAUUCAACGGUUUACACAGCUGUUCAAAACAGUUUACAAAACAUUUUAGCGAAUAUCUUUAAUUCAGAAACUACAGAAAUAAAAUUACCAUAUAUAACAGAUGCUAAAGAAAUUAAAUCAAAACGACAACAUUAUUUACGUCACUUAAUGAUUUAA